UAACCAACACAAUGGACGGGGAAUUCACAGGCAAAGAAAUAUAUCAGGAUCUAUUUAGUCCUAGAGGAUAUUUAGAUACAUAUUAUGAUCCAAAAAAGGGGAUUUUGGUAACAGAUGGCUUUCUAGACUUUGCUCUGAGGAAGCUUUAUGAGGCUUUUACAACUCGUGGUGUGAAGGGAGAAGUUCUGAUUGACAUUGGCCAUGGACCCACCAUUUACCAGGACCUGUCAGCCUGUGCAGAGGCAACAACUGUGGAAGAGAAGAGAGAGAAACUAAGAAAUACAGUGAAAAGAACUGUGAAAUGUGAUGUAACAAAAACCAAACCAUUGGAUCCUUUGGUUUUGCCACAGAUUGAUUGUGUAAUGACCCUCGGUUGUUUAGAAUGUGCUUGCAAAGAUCUUGACACCUAUCGGGACCUACAGAAGAGCUCAAUAUUUCAAGAAAACCUAAACUGCUUUUACAUAAAAAAGCAAAUAAAAAUACUAUCACAAGUCUUAAGAGCACCGAUACUUUUUCAAUAUGAAAGCUGA